AUGUCAUCAUCUUCAUCAUUUGAUUCGACGACUCUAGAGGAUGCUAAGUUUAUCGGUUCCGUCAUGGCGAAAACGGUUGCAUACUUUCAAAACCGACUAGGCGAAACAUCACGUGCACGAUCUAAACCAAGAAAGCCGCGGUUACGUAGAAAUCGCGAAGCCAGAUACGAUCGUUUUAUAGAAGAUUACUUUGCAGAUGACGCCAUCUACGUUGUAAAGUUUCGACGUCGGUUCCGGAUGAGGGAUGAACUAUUCAUACGUAUUGUUAGCGAUUUGGAAGGCCGCUUUCCAUAUUUCCAAUGGAAAAUGGAUGCUAGACGGAUAAAAGGUUUCUCUCCAAUUCAAAAAUGCACGGCUGCAAUUAGUCAGUUAGCAUACGACAUGAGCGCAGACAGAUGGGACGAGUAUUUUAGGAUGUCAGAGCGCAAUCAUGGAUUCCCUGGAAUGCUUGGUAGUAUCGAUUGCAUGCAUUGUGGUUGGUCAUUAUGCCCUAACACAUGGCGAGGUCAGUAUAUGAGAGGCGACCACAAAGAUCCGAAGAUCGUUCUAGAGGCUAUCGCAUCACAUGAUCUUUGGAUAUGGCAUGCAUUCUUUGGUCCAUCUGGUGCAAACAAUGACAUCAAUGUGCUAGACUAG